UCAAACAGAUUCUUCUCUCUGUAGAGCGGAGAAUUGAGAUUCACUUCAUUCAACACGGCGAAAUGAACACGAUGACACCUCUGGGGUUUGCUCUGUAUCUGAUUUAUCUGCUCUUGGGAAGAAUGGCUCAGACAACUACUCAGAAAUCUUCCAUAUAUGUUCGUCAAGACAGUGGUUUUUAUUCAGCUAAUGUUGGUGAGGACGUGACUUUGCGAUGUUUCUACGAAGGUGACGCAGUGAUGUUUUACUGGUAUAAGCAAACUCUGGGACAGAAGCCAUGGCUCAUCUCUACCUUCUAUAAACAUGACAAAAAUGGCAACUUUCGUAAUGAAUUCGAGAACAACCCUCGUUUCACACUAGACACAGGAAAUGGUAAAAAUCACUUGACAAUCUCGGAUUUAUCCAUUUCAGACUCAGCUACUUACUACUGUACAGGUUCCUAUGCAUACGAUAUGGAAUUUGUAGAGGGUGCUACUGUCAGUGUAAAGGGUUCAGGUUUUAACAUACCAGCUUUGGUCCUUCAGUCAGCAUCUGAGCCCAUCCAGCCAGGAGGCUCUGUGACUCUGAACUGUACAGUACACACUGGGACCUGUGAUGGAGAACACAGUGUUUACUGGUUCAAAAACUCUGAAGAAUCUCAUCCAGGACUCAUUUACACCUAUGGAGGCAGGAACGAUCAGUGUGAGAGGAAUUCCAGCACACAAACACACACCUGUGUCUACAAUUUGCCACUGGAGAGCCUGAAUCUUUCUCAUGCUGAUACAUACUGUGCUGUUGCCUCAUGUGGACACAUACUGUUUGGAGACCACAAAAAGUUGGACUUGGAGUAUGAAGCGGACUCUUUUGUCUUGGUGUACUUCUUGAUUGGAGCUUUGUUGUUCACCACCAUCCUGAUUGUUGUACUGGCGUAUGCAGCCUAUACAAUGAACAACAAAAACUGCUGCCAAAAUACAGACUCAAGAUCUUCUGCUGACUUGGCUGCAAAUGCAGGGGAUUUCCAAGAUUCAGACAACCUCCAUUACGCAGCUUUGAGGGAACUCAAGGUCAACACAUCAACUAGACGGAAGGAUAACACACAGAGUGAAUGUUUGUACUCCGGUGUAAGGCAAUAGAGCUGGGAACAUUUCAUCUAUUUCUGUGUAAGAAGAACUUGUCUAUAAAUCUAUUAUUAAAAUGUA